GAAGGAUCACCCGGGCUGGACUGGGUACAGUUCUCUGGCUGCCUGUUGCAGGGUUUCUUCCGGCCGGGAUCCUGCGUCCAGGAGACUCGGAGUGGCGCCAUGAGCCGCCUGGGCUCGGUGCAGCGGAAGAUGCCGUGCGUGUUUGUGACGGAGGUGAAAGCCGAGCCCUCGGCCAAGCGGGAGCAUCAGCCAUUUAAAGUUUUGGCAACCGAAACUCUAAGUGAAAAGGCGUUAGAGGCAGAUGUGUACAAUGCCAUCGCCACAGAAAAGGUGGAUGGGACGUGUUGCUAUGUUACUAACCACAAAGGUCAGCCAUACCUCUGGGCUCGACUAGAUAGAAAACCUAACAAGCAAGCUGAGAAAAGAUUUAAAAAAUUUCUACAUUCGAAAGAAAACUCAAAAGCGCACCUGUGGAACACAGAGGAAGACUUCCGACCUGUCCCAGAGGGCUGGGUACCAGCAAAGGAAGUAGAGCGGCAGAAUGGGAAGCCAGUACCUGAUGAGAACGGACACAUUCCCGGCUGGGUCCCAGUGGAAAAGAACAGCAAGCAGUAUUGCUGGCAUUCUUCUGUGGUGAAUUAUGAGUUUGGAAUUGCCCUGGUCCUACGGCACAAUCCUGAUGAGCCUGGACUUUUGGAAAUCAGUGCCGUGCCCCUGUCAGAACUUUUAGAGCAAACCCUGGAACUGAUAGGAACAAAUAUCAAUGGAAACCCAUAUGGGCUAGGAAGCAAGAGAUACCCGCUGCACUUUCUCAUACCACAUGGAGCCUUCCAAGUAGAAAACCUGCCGACCCUGAAACACAACGACUUGCUGUCCUGGUUUGAAGACUGCAAUGAGGGUAAAAUCGAAGGGAUUGUGUGGCACUGCGGUGAUGGCUGUUUAAUUAAGGUCCAUCGCCACCACCUUGGUCUAUGCUGGCCUCUUCCAGAUACUUACAUGAACUCCAAACCAGUUAUUAUUAACAUGAACCUAAACAAAUAUGGCUAUGCUUUUAAUAAAGAGUGUUUGUUUAGUCAGUUUUCAAAAAUAGAUAAGCAGAAAUUUGAUAGGCUCAAAGAUAUAAUAUUUGAUGUAUAAAAUGUAAAUAUAGUUGGUAUUAUUGCAGUUUUCUAAUAUUGAAGAGUCUGCUAUGUUUACAGAAGAUAAAAUAACUCAAGGUUCUAUUUAAUUUUGCUAGCUAUUUAGCAAACUGUUAUAACUUAUAAACAUUUAUGUAUGUGUUUAUCAAAAUCAAAGGAUUUGAAUAUAUUAACACAAAACUAUAAAAUAAUUACAUCUGAAACUUCAGUUUUAAAUGGUAAAAUUGUUAAGAUUAUUUUUAUGCUUUUAGAAAAUUUAAGACAUAAAAAUAGGAAUAUCAUACCUUAUUGUACACUGGAUAGCAAUAAAUAAUUCACAUCUUCAAAAAUAUACUUUUCUGCCAAAUUAAAACUAAAUAUGACUUUAAGUAAAAAUACAGUAUUUUGAGAGGUGAAUUCUGUAGUUCAGAGACUGCUUGACUGUCAGCUGAAAUUUUUUAACUUAUAAAAUAAUUUUAAAUCUACAGUUAAAUGUGGUCUUUAAUAAAUAGGGAAAUUAUUGGGACUUUCUCUAUCUUCCGUCUGUUCAGAAGCAGCAACGGGACUAGGUAAUUCAAAUCCAAACUGCUCAGAAAGCUUUUUUAACUUCUCUUCUAAUAAAAUAUUCUUCUUCACUUCUUCCUUAUAGUUGUACUUCAGGUCUUCAAUUUCUUCAAAGAACGAAGGAUCAAAAUUUUCCAGUUCUUUUUUCAGCUUUUUAAUUUCCUCCUGUAAGUCACAUAGAGCAAUAUAUGUUUUUCAUUUGAAAUUUAGAAGAUUUGAUUACAAACAUAAAAACUCAAAGAAUAUAAACAGUAAAAUAUAAAGUAUAGUGCAAUGGAACCUUGCUAACAAAAGUCUUUCUCUGAACUGCAUCAGAUGUUCUCAGGCAAGCAAAGGGACUCUGCUCUUCAUUACAUGGAAGUUAAUGUCUUAAGAGUUUUCAGUAUUUUAACUUUCUGGUUUUUUAACUUUUAUAAAUAAUAUUUAUGAUCAUGGACUCCUGGGAUUUGUAAAAGUCAAGCAAUGAAUGUGAAGGGCACAUGCGCACCAGUCGCGGUUUACACUGCCCAGUGAUGAGCCAGGGCUCACUUCCAGGCUCCUGUGCUCCUGGGUCUUAAGGCAAGGCAGAGCACAGAAAGGUUGUGAGGGAAAGAUCUCUGACCAUAAUUUCAAAAGGUACUUAGAAAUACUGUUUUCAACAUGACCCACAAAGUAAGAAAAAAUUCUAAAAAACUGUUAAGAGGUAAUUUGUUAUGGCUUUAAAAAAAUUUAUUCUUGAUUCCUUUCUGUUUGUCUGAUUUUUUGUUGUUGCUAGCUAUUGUCUAAUAAAAAGUUGUCAUGAGUCAAAUUAUAUCCUUAGUACUACUAAGGUAAGUGUGAAAUAAAUCAUGAGUUUUUAGGCACAGACUUAAAGACGGUGAUCAUAAAACUUGUUUCCCAAAGCUGUUUUCACAGAACCCCGGCCAUACUGAAGUUAGAUAUAAAUAAGAAUUACCAUCAAAUGUUGCUUGUCUAGGUCUGACUUUCUGAGCUGUGUCUCCAGAUCACUUAUCUUUUCCUUUAGUUGAUCAGAAUCUGCCAAAAUAGGAAUAUUAGACCCACAUUUUUGUUUACUGUGAAAGAGUUAACGAUAGAGGAUUUGUUUCAGAAUAAACAGGAAGUUUAUGAAGCCUACAGUCUGGGAUCAUCUGGUCCUAUAUGGCAGGAGCCCUUCUCAGGUAUACUUCUAUGUUAUCACUAGUAGGUAAUGUCAUCCACAGCAAGCAGACAGAGGAGUAGCUGCUAGGUAUUGGAAAAGUGGGUUAUUCCUCAUAUGAGAGACAUUUCUAUUUUUUUAAAAAGAGAAAUUCCUAUUUUUGAGAGAAAAAUCCUACAACCAGUAAAAUUUUUUAGGUACAAAAUAUACAGGCAAAGGACUAAAAUGGUAAGCCAGCCAUUUAUGCUCUCCUUCUACCCCAAAUAGCUUUGGCUAUUUCCAUGUUUGUUUUUUUUUACACUAUGUGCAAAACGUCCAAGACAAUGUGUGUGGCCCAGAUGAAGGAGCCCAGUCCUGACGGCUCGGUAAGAAGUCAGCUGCUGACACACAGCACAAAGGUUAAGACACAGUGUCAUGUGGCUCUAUACACUCAUGGACGGUGAAGGGUUUUGUUUUAAAGUUUGAGGAAAUAAAACAAGUUUUCAUGACAAAGAAUGGAGUAUUUUGCAUUGUUUGACGUGGUUCCUAUAACUCAGAGACAAAGGGCAAACAUAAACAAGGUUUCAAAUCAUUAAAAAAAAACAAAACAUUUUCUCUUGUAAGGCAAAAUCCCUCUUUGAUUUUCAUGUCACAUGGAUCCUACAUAUAAAGAAAAGAUGUAAUAUUUGUCUUCUGAGACUGGUGGCCUAUUUUCCUGAACAAGGUAAUCUGUAGUACCAUUUUCUUAAAAAUAUUUUUAUGGAUUAAUAAAACUCCCAUAUAUGUGCAG